AUGCCCCGUGAAGAGUACCAAGUUCCCACUGCCGGGUCGACCGCCGUCCGCGGCAACACCCGCGACGACCACGCCUCCCGCUCCGUCAUGACCUACAUCUGCGGCGACUGCGGCUCCAACGUUUCCCUCGGCAAGGAUGCGCUGGUUGCGUGUCCCCAUUGCGCGGGGAGAGUCUUGUACAAGGAGAGGACCAAGAGGAUGGUGCAGUUCGAAGCUCGAUAG